UCGUCCCGGGGGCUGUCAUCGUCCUCUCCUGUAGCGGAGGGGGGGAGCUGGCCCUCCUGGCAGCUCGCCUCCCAGCCGCCUCCCCGGGACUAUAGGUCCUUUCCGAACUUCAGACCAGACCGGGAGGGUGCGAAAAGGGCCUGAUCCAGGCUGGGAGCGUGGUGGUUCAGCCUCCGGACGGUCGUUAUGUGCCCCAGCUGCCUUGUUGGGGGCAGCUGGCUUUGCUGGAAGGGCUGUGCUGAGAGGAAGUGUUUCGUCAGCUCAUGAGCGUACGGAGGCAGGGGUGACUGACGCCGUCUUUCGUCUUAGCCGAAAACCGUGAAGUCACAUUCAGAGCCUCAGAUGGCCUCGGCCUCCCUGCUGCCGUCCGGGUUGGUCACCGGCUGGCAGGGGACGGCCCCGGGUUGCUCCGUCAGUUCCCAGAAGUAGCUGUAGAGAAAGGUGGUUUGCCCUCCUCCCGGACUAUCGUAUUAGGGACACCGACAACGAAAAAAGAGUUGAGAUACAUGGAACGAACUGGUGCCAGAAGUCUGGCGAGUUACAGCUGUGUCGGUGAGGUAAUGUAAGCAUUUCAGUUUUACACGAGAGAGGAAGCAGGCAUGUCCACUCUUUGUCCACCACCGUCUCCUGCAGUUGCUAAAACGGAGAUCUCUUUGAAUGGCGAGUCGCCUUUAUUAGCUGCCACUUUUGCUUACUGGGACAAUAUUCUUGGGCCUCGAGUGCGGCACAUCUGGGCCCCAAAGACAGAACAGGUACUUCUCAGUGAUGGUGAAAUAACUUUUCUUGCUAACCACACCCUGAAUGGAGAAAUACUUCGUAAUGCAGAAAGCGGUGCAAUAGAUGUGAAGUUCUUUGUCUUGGCAGAAAAAAGGGUAAUCAUUGUGUCAUUAAUUUUUGAUGGAAACUGGAAUGGAGACAGAAGCACGUACGGACUAUCAAUUAUACUUCCACAAAGUGAACUUGGCUUCUACCUGCCGCUUCACAGAGUUUGCGUGGAUAGGUUAACACAUAUUAUAAGGAAAGGAAGAAUAUGGAUGCAUAAGGAGAGGCAAGAACAUUUCCAGAAGAUUGUCUUGGAAGGCACGGAGAGAAUGGAGGAUCAGGGCCAGAGCAUCAUUCCAAUGCUCACAGGAGAAGUCAUUCCUGUAAUGGAACUCCUUUCAUCUAUGAAAUCACACAGUGUUCCGGAAGAAAUAGAUAUAAGUGACACAGUACUAAAUGAUGAUGACAUCGGGGACAGUUGCCAUGAAGGCUUUCUCCUCAAUGCAAUUAGUUCACACCUGCAGACCUGUGGUUGUUCUGUAGUUGUAGGAAGCAGCGCAGAAAAAGUUAAUAAGAUUGUGAGAACAUUAUGUCUGUUUCUUACGCCAUCAGAACGGAAGUGUUCCAGACUCUGCAGAAAUGAAUCUUCUUUCAAAUACGAGUCAGGACUUUUUGUUCAAGGCUUACUCAAAGAUGCAACAGGAAGCUUUGUGUUGCCCUUCCGUCAAGUAAUGUAUGCCCCAUAUCCUACUACACAUAUAGAUGUAGAUGUCAAUACAGUGAAGCAGAUGCCCCCUUGUCAUGAACAUAUCUAUAACCAACGACGAUAUAUGAGAUCUGAGCUGACAGCAUUUUGGAGAGCUAAUUCAGAUGAAGAAAUGUCUCAAGAUCAUAUUAUCCACACAGACGAGAGUUUCACACCUGAUUUAAAUGUCUUUCAAGAUAUCCUGCAUCGAGAUACAUUAGUAAAAGCCUUCCUGGAUCAGAUCUUUCAUCUGAAGCCUGGCUUGUCUCUAAGGAGUACCUUCCUUGCACAGUUUCUGCUAGUCCUUCACAGAAAAGCCUUAACUUUAAUAAAAUACAUAGAGGAUGACACGCAAAAGGGAAAAAAACCUUUUAAGUCUCUUCGUAGCUUAAAGAUAGAUCUUGACUUAACAGCAGAGGGCGAUCUUAACAUAAUAAUGGCUUUGGCUGAGAAGAUUAAACCAGGUCUACAUUCCUUUAUCUUUGGGAGGCCCUUCUACACUAGCGUACAAGAACGUGAUAUGCUGAUGACGUUUUAAAGUUCUCCACUGCUAACGUGUGAUACUGCAGUCUUGCAUGGCACGAAAAGAAAUGUGUCAGUGUGAGCACUGCACUUAUGACAAUCAUCGACUUGAUUGAGGAUGGAGCAUUAGGAGCACAGCAACACUACAGUCUGUCCAAAGCAGGAGGGGGUCUUGUUAGAGGCAAUAUCAAGUUUGUUAGACAAGCAUGAUUUUAAUGAAUCCAUAUGCUUUUUUAAGAGUAAAAAUAAAUGUUACCAGAAGUUCCUUUGCCAUAUGGGCUUAGUAGAUAAAUUGGAACGUUUUGGUGUAUGAUAAAGGGAACCUUUUUAAUUUUCUUUCCCCAGAGACUUUCUUCAGGUGUGUGUGUCAGUUUUUCCCUGUUCUGCUGUGUCAGUAUUUUAAGUGUUUACACAGAAAACAAUACAUACUUCCUUUUUGUGGAAUAGGGGCCUUCCAAGAGUUUCAAAGAAUUUUUAAAAUUGUUUAUUCUUAUGUAUGUGGUAGAAAUUUGAAAUGUGUCUCCCCUCAUCUUCCUUUUUAACAACACUGGCUUCUUAAUUUAAAGCAUUUAAAGGCAUUUGGGAUUUUUAAUAUACUACAAAGUGCUACUCUUCUGUGCAAACUGUUGUCUAUUUGCAGCUUAAAUAGCAGCAUGUGGGAACUGGGUCAUUAUUUAAGCAGCUUUGUGCAUGUAAGUGCCAACCAGGAUACUUUGUCACAGAUUGUUGGGCCGUCCUGCAGUGAAGUGUUCAGUGAUCCAGCCUAAUCGAGCUCUUUCGAAACACAAAACAGAGAACUUGUGUCAUUCAGCAGCAGUUGUCAGUCCUUCUGUCUGUAAACUGCGGCUGUUUUUUCCAUUGUCAGUUAGAAUAAGGUUCAAAUUAAAGUAUUAGAGCUUCCCAAAGAACACCAAAGUGAUAGCCAAACUAAAAGACAAAACAGUAUUUUUUUUAUAUUGCUAUUAAUAUGCCUAGUAAUCCUUAAUUCAGAGACGAGCACAGCUAUGAUCUAAUGUCAUUAACAUUUUAGUAAGUGAAUUCUAGUUCAUAAUCUUGCCAGUCAUCUUAGUUCAUCUUAGCAGAUCUCCAGCUUUGCUUUGCUUGUAAAUGAAAACACAUUUUCUUUUUGUAUGCCUAAACCUUUCUUUCUCAGGAGCAUAUAGAGCAGUGUGGUGUCAGGUUAAUCCAGAUCCAUUGUUUUGAGUUUUGACACAUGGUUGGUGUGUGUAACAUUAAAAUCAAUGGUACAUCUGUACUGCGUGGUUUUUUUAUUUCUUCUCUUUUUGGACAAACACAGGAAUAUAUUUGUGUCAUGUUUUAGUGUAACCUCGUAACUCAGUAUUCAUUGUGAAAGAACUGCAGCUGUGAUUGGAGAAGCCACUGUUGCUGUAUUGCUUAAAUUGUUUAUAACACUCCUUGGUGAACAGGUUUCUGUUUUCAAGAUAGCUAUUUAGUGUCUCUUUCAUGCAGCAAGGUGCAAAAGUUAGUCACGACUUUUCCUGAAAUGUUCAAUACUCGGAUUUUAAGAGGAAUAGUGUCCUCUAUUUAGAUGUCCAGAAUUCCCUUACAUUUUCUGAAAGACAAAGAUUUACGAUUAAAUAUUUAGAGCUUCUAAAAGACAUGGAAUGGACCCCAGCUGCACACCAUUUUUGUGAAUGAGCAUCAUCAGUAUUACCUGACUGAAUAAGUAAUUGCAUUUUGUGGAGCUCUUUUUCUGCUGUACAUGUGUGUAGGACUCCUGCAAUAAGCUCAAGUUUUCAUCAAAAGAACUUGUCAGAAUUAUGCUGACGUAAGUUGCUUGGUACUGAGAUUCUGUUUGUCUUCCUAACAUCAUUAUUUCUUUCUGUGUUUUUAAUCAAUUGAUCUGUUAGAAACCAGCCUUAUUGUGCUAAGUUUUCAGUCUCAUGUCUAAGGUUGUGAAAAAAAUGUGAUGAACACUGCUGAAACUUCUAAUACAGAAGUUGUGUUGAAGUCUGAAGAGUUUUAAAUGUGCUAAAUUAAUCACUUCAGCUUGAUAAGUGUUGGAAACUUAACAUUGACACUAGUAACAGUAAAGCUCUGUUUACUGAAGACGCUGUCACUUUUUGAAAUUAGUAAAAGCUGGACAUUUUCUUAGUUGCUACUUUUGUUCCGCAACUGUCACAAGUGCAGAAUGUAUACAGAAAUAAAUUAUUAAAUGCAUCUGCAUGCUGUGUUGUAAGUCUUGCUUAGGAAACAAAAUAUUCCAAUAAAAUUCAUGCACAAUUUUUGACUUUAAUUGCUGAUUAUUUUUAAUAGAAUUUCUGUUCUGUAUCUAAUAGAAUCAUUAUCUUCUAUCCUUUGAAAUAAAGAAGAAACCUUUUUCCUUCUUAUUAAAGUAAAAAUUAUGCUGAAA